CUGUCAGUUUAAUGACUUUAUACUUCUAAAAAUGUCCCGUUUAUCUGUGAAAAGUUUUUGUGAACCAUCAAUAUCUGAGACCAACAUCGCCAGUCUACCGGACGAAAUACUCUUACACAUAUUUUCCAUGAUUACACAAAUAGACCUAUACCGCAACGUAAGAUUAGUAUGCACAAGAUGGAACAGGUUAUCUCAUUGCUCAAUCCUGUGGAAAAAAAUAAACGACAAAGAAGAUAUUCCUUUCCGAGUUCUUUGUAAAUGGAUCCGUGACUCUCCGUUGCUCAAAGAAUUGCAUCUUGAAGACAGACGCAUAACUCAAAUGGUUUACAUCUUGAGGUGCCGCAAGAGCUUUGAAAAUAUGGGUUUUAACAAAAAAAUACAGAAAAUUUCAAAUAUUUUAUAUACUUAAGCUGGUGUCGUAGCUGACAUUUCUUAGUCAAAUAUUGUUUCUAAUAUCAGUUCAUAUUGCUCUCAUUGCUACAUGUACACA